UAGGGACUGCUGGGUGUCUCCGCUGGGGAAAAAGAAACUGAUGAAGAAGACACAGAAGGGGAACGUAGAGUUGGACAGAAGAAGCAUGACAGCGCACCAGAACUGACCGCCGAAGGAACUCCCUCGCGAUGGCCAACUCGUUGGCCCUGGCGGUCCAAGCGGAACUCCUACCGCCUCCGCCCAACCCCUCCCUCUCUCCUUUCCCAUCCCUCCUUGGUCCGGGAGAGGACGUCGGGGACGAGAGGGACAGCGGGGGGCUGGUGGAGGGAGACAAAGGCGUAGUGGAGGGUGGGGAUGUGGAGGUGGUCCUGGACAUGGUGACGUCGUCGGUGUCCGGCCAACCGCAGCAGCCCGAGCAGUCGGACCAUCCCUUCCAGUGUAUGGACUGCGGGAAGAGCUUCAGGUGGUCGUCCAGGCUGACCCACCACCAGCGGAGCCACAACAACGAGAGACCGUACCGCUGCAACCUCUGCCCCAAGGCCUUCAAGGGCUCUUCUGCUCUCCUCUACCACCAACGGUCUCACUCGGGGGACAAGCCUUACGAGUGUCAGGAGUGUGGCAAGGCCUUCAAACGCUCCUCUCUGCUCCAGGUCCAUCAGAGUGUCCACACUGGAGUGCGUAACUUCUUGUGUCCCUAUUGUCCUCUGACCUUUAAAUGGAGCUCUCAUUACCAGUAUCACCUGCGCCAGCAUACUGGCGAGUGCCCUUACCCCUGUGACAGCUGCCCAAAGGCCUUCAAGAACUCCAGCAGUCUGCGGCGGCACAAGAACGUCCACCUUGGCCUCAAGCCUUACACCUGCACGGUGUGCAACAAGUCCUUCACCCAGUCGACCAACCUGAGGCAGCACAUGAGGAUACAUACAGGUGAGAGGCCCUACAUCUGCACGGAGUGUGGGCGGAGCUUCACACAUUCAUCGAACCUGGCCCUGCACAAGAACUCGCACGCCAACCCCAACGCUGGGGGGAAGGAGGGGAGGAAGGGAGACGAGGCGGUGGAGGUGGUGGUCGGGCCGGAGGAAGUGACGUCGGCCAUGUUGACGGACAUGGUGGGGUUUGUGAGCCAGGAGGGAACUGAUCGAGUCGGGGUGGGGAUGGAGGAAGUGUUCUUGUCAACCACCCCGUCCGGACAGAACGCAAGCCUCCUCACCCUCGCCUCCCCUGGGGAGGGCGCGUGUGCCUCUAGGGCCAUCGGGACGGAGGUUCACCUGAGCACCCACACGGGGGCCAGUUUGCUGCUGUACAGCUGUGGCAGCUGCUGCAACACCUUUGGCACGCGGACAGAUCUCGAGGACCACCAGGUCAUUCACAUGGCCCCUGAGGGACAAGGGGCCGAAGGAGAAGAAGGGCCUGGACCAGGGAUGGAAGUCGGGGAUGGGCUGGUGGGAGCCGGUCACCUGCUGGCUGAUUUUGAGGAGGUGGUGGAGACGACGACGGUGUCGGAAAAUGGACACACGACGGAGGUGCUCCUUGGUCUGUCGGAGGGAGCGGAUGGCAUUAAUGCAAAUGUGGGAUCCGCCCAUGCCCAGUUUGACCUGCUGCAGAGCUUCACCGAGGUGACUCAGAGCGCUGAGAGCGUUCAGCCCGAGGCCAGAACCACAUGGGCAGGGCUGUCAUGUGGCUUCUGCAAUAAGUCCUUCAAGACCAGCGGAGGCCUCAAUAGACAUGUGUCACUGAUGCACUCUCUCUCAUCACAGUCCCGCUCCCAGUUCAGCUGCUCGGCCUGCGACCGCUCCUUCCCCCUUCUCUCGUCGCUCCUCACCCACCAACACUCCCACACGCCGGAGCAGCGCCUCCUGGCCGAGGCGGAGGCUGAGAUAGUGUGCCCUGCCUCCCUCUCCCUCUCCCUCCCCCUCCCCUCCUCUCCCAGCCAGGCCGACAAGCAGCAGGAAGGCCAGAGUGAGAUCCACAUCAACGUCAUUGCCGUGAGGGAGGAGCAGGAGGAGCAACCAGCCAAACCGACCAAAGCCCCCAAAAAGACAGCGGCCAGCAAGAGCGCGCUCACUGGAGAGAGGCCGUACCGCUGCUCGGAGUGCGGAAAAGCCUUCAAAGGUUCGUCUGGGCUGAAGUACCACAUGAGGGAUCACACUGGGGAGAGGCCCUACCGCUGCACCGAGUGUGGAAAGAGCUUCAAGAGGUCGUCUCUGCUUUCCAUCCAUCAGAGGGUACACACAGGUGUUCGGGCCUUCCAGUGCCCUCACUGCCCUCUCACUUUCAAAUGGAGCUCUCACUAUCAGUACCACUUGCGGCAGCACACGGGCGAGAGGGCGUACGUGUGCAAGGAGUGUGGCAAGUCCUUCAAGAACACCAGCUGCCUGCGCAGACACAGCCAGAUGCACUCGGGACUGCGUCCUCAUACCUGCUCCAUCUGCUCAAAGUCCUUCUCCCAGACAUCGAACCUCAAACAGCAUGAACGCACACAUUCUGGUGAGAGACCCUUCCAGUGCACACACUGCAAUAAAAGCUUUACACACUCGUCCAACCUGCAGCUCCACCUUCGCACACACUCCUCAAGCAAGGACUUCAAAUGCCCGUACUGCUCUAAGGAGUUUGUCAUGCACUCCUACUUGCAGAGGCACAUCCGUACCCACGGCAGUGGCGUUCCACUGCCAUGCUCUGUUGGUGGAGGUAAAGACGGAGUGGCCGUGAAAGCCAGUGUUGGGGGAGUAACAACCACCACGACCCUGCUCAACCCGAUCACCUUGGAAACCUCAGGAAACCACGGCAGCCUGAUUGUGUCCCAGCCAGCACUUAAUAUUCCCCCCAACAGCUCCCAGAACUACUUUAUGAUUCAGACAGCCAGCGGCCUGCAGCUUAUUCCUCUGACGUCCCCUCCACCCGCUCCUCCGCCUCCACCACCUCCGCCGCUGUCCCAAACCCAAAACUUCUUCCUUUUGCAGUGUCCCUCCAAUGAUGGCAGCCAGUCCAGCUUGAUCCUUGUCCCCACAGCCAACAACCCUCCGCCAGCUGCGGAGCCUCAGACCCUCCCUGUGCUUCAGACUAUCCAAGCACUCCAGCCCGUCCUAAACCAAACACCGACUCCGAUGUCCCACUUUCCCGCCAUAUCACAGCAGCCACAGCAGACCAGGUUCAUAAUCACCAACCAUAAUAAUAACAACAAUGCAAACACUCCUGUUGUCAUGUCACCACGCGCUCUCUCGGCCAACCCUCUGCUGACUAGGCCCAUAUUGGGGAAAAGCACGCGGACCGCUCGGGGCAGACGGGGUCGCAAACCGAAAGCCCGCCUUCAGAUGUCUGCGGCCGCUGCGGUCAGCCAGACGGCAUGUGAAGGUGCGUCGGUAACGGACUGCAACGUGACCGCUGUCUCGCAGACUACUGCUGUAUCGGCUCCCGCCGCGUCGCACUGCACCCUGUCAGCACCUCGCACCGCCGUCCCCGUUCUUUCAUCUUCCACCACUGGAGCCCCGGAUAUGGACACCUCAGGACCAACAUCAAACGUUCCCAUGGUUACACCAGCCACGACAGCAUCGCCAGCCUCCACUCCGGCCCCUCCCGCUGUGGAACCCCACGCCACAGUGGGGCGAAUAGGGACAGGGGAUACCAUGACGGGGAACCAGUUUGUGUUUUGUUUUGAUAACGAAGGACAGGCAAAGGGGGGGAUGACUGUGGAGGAGGGUGGGCAGUCAUACGUGUUGCAGUUCGAGGGGGAUGCUUCCGAAGAGGCAGGGGAUGGAGGAGUGGGCGGGGAGGGGGAAUCGCUCGUAUUGCAGUUCAAGACAGAUGAUCAUGGGGAAGGAGCAAAAAUAGGGGGUAAGGGAGGGAUGAUGUCACUCCUGCGUGAAUGGCAUGGAGAGAAGCAGAGAGAGAUGGAAGAGGAGGGAGGCCAGGGAGAGUCUUAUGUCCUCCAUUUCCACACAGAGGCACAGGACAGCGGCCCAUCCAGCAAUGCCUUCAACCAAGGCCAAGAACACAGCCUGCAGCUUUCCUGCACUCCCACCCAAGGCUUGGUGCCACUUGAUGGGCAGGAGGUGGUAUUUGAACUGGGGGGUGAGACCAAGAUGGAGCAGGGAGCAGAGGAGGGUAUGCAGAUGAUCGCCCUGAUAGAAGGCGAAGGCGGGAUGAUGGGAGAAGAAGGGGCCGGUGGCAAUUCUGCAGUGGGCGAGUGGGGGAGGUGAGGAGCAUGAAGGCAUAUUUCAGCUGGGAAAUGGAGAGGAAAUUGUCAUAAUUGAGGUCAGCACCAGUAGUUUAAGAGAAGGAAGAAUGGAGAGAGGAAGGGACGGAGAGAUUUCCCAAAGUAGUGAGGUGAAAUACGAAAGUCUUACAGUCGAGGCAAAUGAAAAGACUUUAAAGGAACAGAGCGCUGCAGCCAACACAGAGGCGCCACAGUCGCCGACUGAAGACACGAUAACGAAUGGACCUUUACCCAACUCUAAAGAGAUGCAGUUCUGAGAGAAGGUGCGAGUGAAUGCAUCACUAUUUGUGAGCUCCGCGUGUUAGCACUUUAGUUGGAGUUCUCCUGGAGCUGAGGGAGAACCUGCAGUUAGAUGAGUACUGUAUUGUAAUCCCAUGGGGCCACAUAGUAGAAAUGUUAUACAUUCAAAUGGACCUCGGAAUAUUCUUAAAUAUAUUAGUUUAAUUGAUACUGUCACUUAAGUAAAUAUGUUUUUUGUGAAUAAAUGUUGUACAUGACCCACUUUCUUUACAUUGUCAACAGUAAAUAGCAGUUUAAUUAUUAAUAAAUCUGUCAAUACCUUUUUA